AUGUCACCAGCCAGCAAAAGUGAAGAAGAAGAAAGCGUCCCCGAUAAAGGAGGAGGACCUGAAAGAGCCGCAAGUAAGCUGGGACUGAAGGGUGGGGUCAAGAGUAAGACCUAUGAGGUCAUGGUGGAGUGUGGUGUGGAGGUGUACAGUAUGAAGUGGAUGCACUGUGGCGAUCUCAACCGCUACACCGUCAUUACCUCAAAACAGAACAAACAAACACAUCUCCCAGAAAUCUUCUUUGAAAUUGAAUACCCAAGACCGCCUUCAUCACUAACUUCAGCAAGAGUGAUCUGUAUUAAAAUCCCACUAUCUUUGUUGUGCGCUCUUUCCUCCACAGUAAAACGCUUCAGGGAGCCAAAACAUGAGAGGAGACCCUGGAGGAUCUGGUUUCUGGACACCUCAAAACAGGCCAUUGGGAUGCUGUUUAUCCACUUUGCUAAUGUCUACUUGUCUGACCUCACAGAGGAGGAUCCUUGUUCACUAUAUCUCAUCAACUUCCUGUUGGAUGCUUCUCUGGGCAUGUUGCUGAUCUAUGCUGGGGUGAGAGCUGUCAGUGCUAUUGUAGAGUGGAGGCAGUGGGACUCUCUGCGUUUUGGAGAAUAUGGUGAGCCAGUGCAGUGCACAGCGUGGUUGGGCCAGUGUAUCCUCUACAUCCUCAUCAUGAUGUUUGAGAAAGUCCUUAUCAUGCUGGUCCUCCUCACCCAGUGGAAGAAGCUGGCUCUCCUCAACCCCAUAGAGAAUCCUGACCUGGAACUGGCUAUUGUCAUGCUCAUCGUUCCAUUCUUCAUCAACGCCCUCAUGUUCUGGGUGGUAGAUAAUUUCCUAAUGAAGAAGCACAGGACAAAAGCAAAACUGGAGGAGAGAGAGGAGGACUCACGAGGGAACGGCAAGGUGCGCUACAGACGAGCUCUGUCCCAUGAUGACUCAGAGUCGGAGAUCCUUUUCUCGGCAGACGAUGAAAUGGAUGAUUCGGAUGAAGACGAUGUUCGCCGGCUCACUGGCCUGAAGACGGUUAAGAAGAAGAAGCUUCGCAUGGGGAUCCCUGUUUGAGCUGUGUGCAUACCUAAACUGUUAGGAUCACAGUUACAUCCCCCCCCCCCCCGUACCUCCACAGACUCUGUCAGCCUUAGGAGUUGACACAAUCUUUUCAAACAUAGGAUGCUCUUUGAUGACAGAAGACUAUACUGUAAUUGAAUUCCCUUCACUGUUGACUCCUGGAGGACUUCUGCAUAAACUGUCUAACUUGGGAUAUAAUUUAACCCACUGGGAAAUAUGUAUGCAGGUACUUUGGAUCACUGUUGCAUUUGGACAUGGCACUCCUGGGAACAGUGUUGUGUUUAAAGACUUUUUUGGAAAAACAGAAUCCCAUCAUGAACAUCUAUAUCAUUAAAUCCUUAAGUACUUACACUAGGAUAACGUUAACACUGGUUUGAUACAGUUUGGACUUCAGUGGCAGUGUGUAAUAUGGGUGUAGUGGUCCAGCAUCAGGUUGGUUGGACACAACCGAAGCAAACAAAAGUGAGUUUGUUACAUUUUAUAGUCUAACAUGUCUGCUAAAGUGAUUGUAUUCCUGAUGUAGAUUCUAUGUAAACUUUGUCCUUUGUUUUCUCAUAUAGAUGUACCACCAUGGCCUGUGAUGCGUGUGUGUGAGGGUGUGUACAGUUGGACACAGCUCUUAUUUAGAGAAGCAUUACAUCAGUGUUUGAAUCACUGUAUUGAUGCAACUCUUAACUCUUUCCAGCCCAGUUGCACACUUAACUACUGCAUAUCUUGUAUGUAAUGUUACUCUUGUCAAAGGGAGCACAUUAAUGCUUGCAGCAAGCAUUCAUUUUUAGUCCUUUCAACUGUUAAACCUGUAUGACUGCAAGUACCACACUGCAACAUCCCUCUGAUAUCAGCUUAGCAUGUGUUGUCUGUCUGUAGACACAAUACUACAGUCUCUGUUUGUUUGUGGCUGUUUAACUGGUGUGCUCUGACUGUGUUCUUUGUCUUUGAAUGUCUUUCCUCUCAUUUUAAGUUGUCUGGUUUGUUUAUAUAGUUUUAAGUGUUGUUGUUUUUUCGGGCCAAAAAGGUGACUAUGCUUGUUCCAAAAGUGUUCUUUAUUCUUUAACUCCAACAGGGAGAGUAGAUAUGGGAACCAUUUCUCGCACAAUUUCCCAUUUAUCACAGCUUUCACCUAUCCUUUUGUGUUUGUUUUUUGUUACUAUAAUGUGCCUGAGUGAAAUUACCAGCAGGUGUAUUUGUUUGUUUAUUUUUUGUUGUUUUGAUUUAUUUUUUUUGACUGUUUUAUCUAGAGCUCCAGAUGUUCAGGCAUGAAGCAGCAUUCAGCGGGCUCUGAUGUUAAGAAUGUGACAUGCAUAGACCUCUAAACUGUUAAGUGACUGUGGACCAGACAGUCGGGAUAAAGUGUGUGCGAGUGUGUGUGUGUGCGUGCGUGCGUGCCAGUGUAUAUAUACAGUGUACCUGCAUGUACUGGCAUGUGCCGGAUGCAUGUGUUCAAGUGUGCAUUGGUGUGACUGCUGGUCCUCUUUAAAGUAAAUGGAGAGUGACAUACUGUGACAAACCUGAUGAUGGUAAUGAUUUCAUUAUAAUGUUUUUGGCAUGUUGGAAAGGAAUAAAUAACAUUGUGCAUUUUGAAGGAAGAAAGUACAGCAUCUUCCAGCAGUUAUGGUAACUCAGCUCAGCCAGGACAAAGAAGGCUCUUAGUAUUUUGCAAAGGGAAUGGAGGUAUAUUAUCAUUCUAAAAGCUUUCCAAUAAAGGAUGUGAUACACUAUCUUGAUAGCUGAUUAAGUUCUACAACA